AUGGCCGAGGAGGAGAAGAAACUUCAGGAGACGGCCGCGGAAAGGAACCGCCUGGAGGACGAGAAGAGGAAGGAGGAGAUUGCUGCGGAAAGGAAACGCCAACAGGAGGAGAAGAGAAAGGAGGCCGAGCUCAAAGAACAGCUCGCAAGAGCCAAGGCCGAGGAGGAGAAGACAAAGCAGGCCGAGCUUCAAGAGCGGAUUGCAGCGGAAAGGAAAUGUGAGGAGGAGGAGAAGAGGAAGGAGGCCCAGAUCGAAGGGGAUCAUGGCAGAGCCAAGGCCCAGGGGGAUCAGACAAAGCAGGUCGAGCUUCCUCAGCAGACCAAGAGUUUUCGUUCCGCUGCGGUUGCCGAGCAGCGGCCCGAGGACGGCCUUCCUGAAACUUCCCUGCCAGCACGUACGGAACCUUUCAACGCCGGCCACUCGGAGCCAGAAGGGACAGUUCCCCAGCCCACGGCUCUGAAAGCUGGCAAAAAGAAGUCCAUGUUGGACUCAGUUGCCAGGCAAUCCAUGGACAAAAAGGAGAAGCCGCCCACGCAGGUGUCAACAGUGCCGGCCAAAGCCAACGGUGAACAGCUGUCUGCUCCUGCAGAAGUUGAGCUGCCCGCCGCAAAAGUGCAACAGCAGGUUGCAGAGUCGAUGGAGCACGAUUCUGGCUCUGGCUACACUCGCCGUGCAGCUGCUAACCUCCUGAAGAGACUCUCGAACAACCCGGCUCGGCUGCUGUCCUUGCCGCCAGCUCUGACUGCUGCCGUGCAAGACGACAAUCAGAAGUCGGCCUUGAUCGACGCCUUGGUGCAAUCAGCCGGCUCCCUCGAGGCGGUGGCCGCCCACUACCAUAUCGGGAGUGUGCAGGAGAAGGCCCGCAAAGAGAGAGCCAAGCUGACGCCUCUUACGGCCAUCCAGCUGGAGAAGAUGUACGGCUCGGACGCUCCAAGAGUCAUGCGGGAAAAGGAGGAGCAGAGCUUGGUUCAAGACGAUCCGAACCUCACGGGUGCCAAGCUGUACCUGCACUCUUUGUCGACGAGGGAAGUCGAGACGAACUCCCUGGACCGUGCCACUGCUGCAUUUGUGUACGUGGAAGUGUCAGCCCUGGCCAAGAGUGGCCAAGCAAGGCCAUCGAUCGGCAGUGGCUCUGCCCCAUCGACGCCGGCCAACACGGUCAUGGCCAAGGUGACUGAGACACACAAGAUGAUUACUCAGCUCAAGGGCGACGUCUACGCUGCGAAAUGUUUGGAGGAGCUGACGGCUUUUGAGCAGAAGUUCCAGAAUGUGUGGGACCAGGUCAGCGACCUGAUGAAGAAAAAGGUUGAGGACGAGCAGCUCUACCUCCCCUUGGGCCGCGAGUUCCUUGUGCUGAAGCAGGAGUCCGAUCGAACCAUCAAGACGGCCGCCUCGCUGAUCAAAGCUGCCAACUUAGCCUUGGGCCCGACCAAGGAACCCAAAGCCAAGGCUAGCAGAAAGAGGUACGACAAUGCGGGGAUGGACGAAACGAGCUGCGAGGGCAAGCGUCGAGUGAAGAUGUAUCUACAGACGAUUUCCAAUCUCAUGGAGCUCGCAUGCUCGCCGAAGAGGUGGGCAAAGGCAAUGAGUUACUCUAAGAGCCAAAAACUGGCGAAAGCCUUUGCCAACGACGGUGUGAAGAAACGGGACCUCCUGCAGAUGGUGCAACUUCCUGUGUUCAGCACGACAGCAGAGAGGGAAGACAAGCAGACCCGUGUCCGAAGCAUUUGGUUGGUAACAACACCUGCUUCGAUCGUGUUGCCUUCUGAUGUCUUGGCGGAGUUGAGCAAGCGCGGGCUCCUUUCCUCCUGCCUUGAAGGCUUUGGAUCUGUGCGAGAAUGGUGGGACCGCGAGAACGAUCCUGUCUACAAGGGCCUGAUCGACCACUCAGAAUAUCCUUAUCCGCUGCUUUUUCAUGAAGACGUCAUGCAUCUGGUGCAUCUGGGUGUGCUCCGCGACCUCCUGGCUUCUGUCAUGUUGGAAACUUUGCGGAACGGUGAGAUGUCCAGGUUUUUGGGUUUGCAGGACCAGUCGCCAAAGCCGAAUGAGAUUCUGUACCGGUUCACAUCCAGAGCUCAAGCGUGGUGCAAGGAAAGACGAUUGGAUCUUGGACUAAAUCCGAUCACAAUGGACACGCUGAAUGCGACGCUGAAAUAUCCUGAAUUGCGCUCCACGAUCAAAGCAUCGAGAUGCAGGAAUCUUUUAGCCUUCGUCACCCACUUCGCCGUGGAGCUUGAGAAACAGCCCGACCCGGACGAUUGCAGUUCCGAGACAGCUCAUUGGAGAAGGGCCCGUGCCUGUGUGCUGUGGUCUCUCGAUGCUGCCUUGUGGCUGGGAGUGUGGCUGCUGGAUGCCAUGCGGCGGCGCAACUGGUUGCUCCAAUUGCUCAGGGAAGUGUUGAAUGAGUGGCGCCAUGAGAACCGUGGCCUUGCAGUUCUCCUGGCGGCGGACUCCCUGAUCAGGAAGAAGGUCUACAAGCUCAACAACGACAAGCGCAAGGACUUUCCCACGUUCUCCGAGGCUCUCUGCGAGGUCCUCACGAACCACAAGCAGCUCUGGAACGACGCUCGCUCCACGGCCGAGCUCGAGAAGUUCCGCCAAGUCGAGCAUGAGUUCGCCACUCCGAAGCGGCCACGCUCGAGGUCUCCUCCGCCGACACCUCCGAAGAACGAGGCCAAAGCUCGGAAGAAUCGUGCUCGUCGGCAGAAGGAGAAGGAGUUGCUUAAGCAAGCUCGUGCAGAGCGCGAUCGCGCUCGUGAUCAGGCGAAACCGAACAAGCCUUCAGUGCCUAAGCUCACAGAGAAGGACAGGGUCGAUCGCGACACCAGGGUUCCGGAGAAGGAGUGGAAGAAGAUCAUGUCCUUCUCCUACACUGGUGCUCGCCGCUGCCCAUGGUUCAAUUCUCCUGUGCCGCCGCCGGGGGAGUUUGGUCGUCUCCCUCCGGCACCGGUGCUAGAGAGACCACCGGGGGAUUUCGCUCUCCCCCCGCCGCAGCGGCCGCCGGCUCAGGCUGCUAAUGACGUUUCUUGUCAGAAACUGACAGCUGCCCCUUCGGGCCGGCCGCCGCCGUGGGCUCUUUGGGCGGACGUGCCCCGUGAUCCAGACACUGUUCGCGAGCUUGGUCCAUGGUGUCUGGAAAUCUUUGCGGGGUCUGCUGGUCUCACUGUUUGCUGGAGACGUCAAGGUCUUAAGACCUCGCCGCCGGUCGACACGUGCAUCUCAGAGAAUGUUCUGGAGUCGAUCGACUUGCUGGACGCACAGGUCUUCGACUGGCUCCUCUUGCUCUGCCGCAUGGGGGCGAUCGCUUUUCUGCACUUGAGCGUUCCCUGCUCUACCUUUAGUGUGGCCAGGGAUCGACCUGGAGGGCCCCCUCCCUUGCGUUCGCAGGCGCUGCCGCUCGGCCUUCAUGUUCUCAAGAAGAACCACCAGGCCCAGCUCUUUGAGGCCAACGAGCUUUUGUUUCGUUCUCUUCUUCUUUUCGACGCUGUGGUCCAAGCUGGCGGGGAUGCCUCGAUCGAAAACCCGAGGGACAGUCUGAUCUGGCAGGUUCCCCAGGUUCAACAACUCAAAGUUCGUCUUCACCUCUACAACGUCGAUCUUGAUCAGUGUGAGUAUGGUUCCCCUCACCGGAAGCCUACUCGGCUUCUGGUGAGCCAUGCUGCUCUUUUGGUUCUUGCGCGAACUUGUUCAGGUGGGCAUGUUCAUGAACCUCUUCGCGGCGUGCUUCGUUCGGUGACUGGGAAGAAGAUCUUCAAGACCAAGGCGGCUCAGGUUUAUCCCCCUGCGCUUUGCAGCGCAUGGGCGAUCGCUGUGGCCACGGUCGUGCAGCAUUCGGCCCAGCAGUUCGCUGCGUCCUUUGCUCUCACUGCUCCGACAGAAGAACGCAAACGAACCUUGGGAUCCCAGAUUUCUUGGAAGGGCCAUCGCCAAUCAGCUGCCGCUCGGCUAGUGGCGGCUAGCGGCUAUCAGCUCAAACGUGGCGCCGCCAAGCCGCUGCUCGACAUCGAAUGCGAGCCUGGUCAAGCUAUCCAGUGGUCUCUUCAAGUUCUGCACCCCUUCACUGUGCAGCCCGCGCUCCCCGACAAGAUCGUCGAUAACAUCAAGUUCAUUGUCUCCUCCCCGCAAGCGCUCGUUGCUCGACGUUCGGAGCGACUGCAAUUUUGGCACCAACGUGCAGUUGCACUUCUUCCUCAGACAGAUCAGAUUUUGCGGUCGAUCGCCGACGCCCCUCUUCGUCGGCUUCUUCGUGGUGCUCCAGAUUACGCUGAUGUACAGCUGGGUUCCUGCACUCAUGUGGCUCUCUAUGAUGAGCUCUUCGCGGCGAUCGGCUGCACGGAUCAUCAGAUCCUCCAAGGCAUUCGCAGUGGUUUCCCGAUCGUGGGUGAGAUCCAGCGCUCGGGGCGUUGGCCGCCGUUCACUAAGCCACAGCGCUCGGUGCCUGUGCAGGAGGCUCUGGAUCGGGCCUGGGAGUUGCGAGCCAAGGUCUUUCGCAGAUGCAGGUCAGUUCCUGUCUCUGAUAAUCUGAGGUCUCUUUGGAAGGUGGCAGCUCCGUGUGCAGUUCAGCAAAGUGGACCGCAGCAGCAGGUGGCAGCUCCUAGUGCAGUUCCGCAGCAGAACCUUCCUCCAGCAAGUGGACCGCAAGAGGUGACAGCUCCGUGCGCAGUUCCGCAGAACCUUCCGUCAGCAAGGACGCUCCUGCAGCAGCCUGGAACUCCCUCCAUUUUGGACAUGGUGCAAGAGCUUGAAACGCAGAUGGAUCAGGAGGAGCCAAUCAGUGUGAAUGACACGCCCGGACCCCCGCCCCGGCUGAAUCGCAGCACUGUGUCAACACUGGCUUCGGCUGUGGCUCGAGUCUCCCAGGCAGGUUCCUUUGUUAAUGUUGUCUGGAAUUUUCGCAAAACCUGA